CUAGCUUCCCUUCCCGCAAACCCCGCGUCAUCGUCCAUGUCAUAGCGCCCACGAUCGCUCAAGCACCGCCAUUUCCUCCCUCGCUCGUUACCCUGCCUCGACACCUUCCAAACCCCGAAACGCUUAAUACUUCACCAUGUGGGAUCAGAUGGGCAUCUUCGCCCGCGCCGACGAGAAUGGCGUGCCCGACAUUACAGACCCGUGGCCGACCAAGGAUAUCGUUUAUGUGGCCAUUGUCGGCAGCGUUAUGCUGGCCGCGCUCCUCGAAUGGUUCCUGUGGCUGGCCGCAUUCCUGUACUGCCUCGUCAAAGUCUUCCAGAAGGCCGAGACCAUCAGCAUCAGGAUCCUCUCGGUUAUCAUGAUGAUCCUCUUCACCGCCCUCCGAGCGAUUUUCUUGCCGAUCAUGGUUGUGACUCUGCCCCUACCGUCACAGGUCGUAAAAUACUUUCCCACGGCGAUGGUCAGCUUCUUGCAGUGGUUUGCCUUUUGGUCUUUUGCCGGCCUGCUCACAAUUCCGUGGCUGUUCUGCGUGUACCAGCUUGUAACGCAUUCCGUGGGGCGAACUAAGAGGAUCAAGACCGUCCUGGACGAGGCAUCAGCGCCCAAGGUUGUCAUUAUCAUGCCCUGCUACAAGGAGGUUCCUGAGAUUCUCCUACGUACUAUCGACUCGCUGGUCGACUGUGACUAUCCCCCGUCAUGUCUGCACAUCUUCCUCUCCUUCGACGGAGACCAGGAGGACGAGCUUUAUCUGAACACCAUCGAGAAGCUCGGCGUUCCCUUGACGCUCGAUUCGUACCCCAAGUCUAUCGAUGUGACAUACCGGAGCUGCCGCAUCACUGUCUCUCGUUUCCCGCACGGGGGAAAGCGACACUGCCAAAAGAGGACUUUCAAGCUCAUCGACAAGAUCUAUACCGAGUACCUCAAGCGCAACGACAACCUGUUCGUGCUCUUCAUCGAUUCCGACUGCAUUCUAGACAAGGUUUGCAUUCAGAACUUCAUGUACGAAAUGGAGCUCAAGCCUGGAAGCAAGAAGAACAUGCUGGCCAUGACCGGCGUCAUUACCUCGACUACGGAGAAGAACUCUCUCAUCACUCUCCUUCAGGACAUGGAGUACAUUCACGGUCAGCUUUUCGAGCGCUCCGUCGAAUCUGGUUGCGGAGCUGUUACCUGUCUGCCCGGUGCCCUCACCAUCCUCCGCUUCUCCGCAUUCCGCAAAAUGGCCAAAUACUAUUUUGCCGACAAGGCCGAGCAGUGCGAGGAUCUCUUCGACUACGGAAAGUGCCACUUGGGCGAAGAUCGAUGGCUCACUCAUUUAUUCAUGAUUGGCGCGCAGGAGCGAUAUCAGAUCCAAAUGAACACGGGAGCAUUUUGCAAGACCGAAGCCGUGCAAACAUAUCGAUCUCUUCUGAAACAGCGCCGACGAUGGUUCCUUGGGUUUAUCACAAACGAGGUCUGCAUGCUGACAGACAUCCGACUCUGGCGGCGAUAUCCCAUCCUAUGCAUUGUCCGAUUCAUGCAGAACACGAUUCGAACCACGGCGUUACUCUUCUUCAUCAUGGUCCUCUCCAUCAUAACCACGUCUCAGAAGGUCAAGAACCUACCGGUUGGCUUCAUCGCAAUUUCGCUCGGUCUUAACUGGAUUCUCAUGCUGUACUUUGGUGCCAAGCUAGGACGUUACAAGAUCAUGCUUUACCCCGUCAUGUUCGUCAUCAAUCCAUUCUUCAACUGGUGUUAUAUGGUUUACGGUAUUUUCACCGCCGGUCAGCGUACCUGGGGAGGUCCUCGUGCAGACGCUGGAGCUGCGGAUCCCAACACUACUCCAGCACAAGCUAUUGAGCACGCUGAGGCAACUGGCGACGAUCUCAAUGUUGUCCCCGAGACUUUCAAGGCAGCCGCAGAGAACCAGAAACAUCGCCCUGCCGCCGUACCUCUCCAGCCGUCAGAUCAUCUCGAUGGCCGCUUCGCCCCGGCAGAGAGACUUCCCAACGGAUGGUACCAGCAAGCGAACGACUCGGGACUUACUCUCCCCAACAUGCUACCACGGAACCCCAAUGUACCCAACGUUCCAUUGCAUCCUCGCUCUUCCAUGGACUCGUUCAUGUCCGCUACUUCUGCAGGCAACUCUGUCUACCUGCCACGUCGUGUCGAAAGUUUCAUGGAUCCCGAGGACGCCCGCAUAUACCACAAGACACAGGCAAACCAGAAACCUGCCGGAGGCGCCUAUUUUGAAGCAGACAACCACCAUAACUCGCCCUACCAGAUCAGUCCGCAACCUGGCAAGUCUACAUACCAGGAGUCCGUUGAGUCGCUCUCGGAUGAUUCCGUGUAUCACGGCCAUGGAAAGUUGCCGCAGAGGCCUCCUCACUCCCGCAUGAACAGUGACCAACACACACCUACUACUGGCCAGUAUGCUCCGGUUACGAACUCGCCCCUUUCUGCGGAGUACGGACAGAACGGACUAGAGCCCCCGAAGGCAGCAUACAACAGUAACCAACACCGUGACUCAUCUGGUUCCGUGAACUCGAACCAACGCACCGGACGUAGUCCGCUCGCCCGCCAAAGUUUCGUGAGAACGGCACCCGGCGCGGAGCUCGGCAUUGAGAUGCAGCACCAGCAGCAUCAACAGCAGCGCAGCCUGAUGCGUGACGUUUCACCCGCCCCCGUCGGCUCGCCGCUCGAACCUCCGUCACGUCCGAACCACCAACGAAGCGAAUCGCAAGAUUCAAAGCGGAGGAAGAGGCUGACGAAGAACCCUCCUGGCCCCAAGUAAACGCCCUCUGAUGUUUUCAUCCCCAUCACUUGGCGGUACGGAACCAGUAUGCCGGUUGUUCAUUCUCACAUGCAAAAGUUAGGCCCACGGCGUUCAAGCAUCGGAUUUGUUCUCAUCAUUCUCGUUCUACUUGACAUUUGCAUUCACAUAUCUUGCAUAGGGUAUUGGCGUUUCUAUCAGGACCCGGUCCUCAUCAUCAUCACAUUCCCUUGACGUACAUACCGCGGAGGAAAUCGUCGGAUUGGACGCACGCGCGAUGACUGGAUCAUAUAUCUUAUCGGCAUAUCAUAUUCCAAUGAUGCCGUACAUACGAACCAAACCGGUAUAUAUGAGCGCGCCAUACUUGGCCACGAGGGGGUGGAAUGGGGCCGUAUACUUUCCUAAUGUUUAGAUGUAGUUUCUACAAUGGAAUUACGAUAUCAUAUUGCAAUCCCCGCA